UAAAUAAACAAUAAUUCAAGCAAUUAAACAACUUGAAGAAAAAGAAAAAUGACGUAAAAAAAUAAAAUAAAAUCACCUAGAUUGAGUUAGGAUCAGAAGCGAUUCCUUUUCUACUUCUCACGUUAGGGUUUUAACUUCAUCUUCUUCCCACCAGGAACUGUUGCAGUGAUUUGUAGAAUGGGUGAGGUCGGUAAAAGAAAUCGUCCGCAGAGAGACCGUGGGGACCGUAACGGAGACAAUAAAAAUCAAAAGAGGCGUGUGAAUGACAAAGAUGAAAGGGACAGAGGCGAGUUGGUUGUGUAUAGGAUACUUUGUCCCGAUGGAGUUAUUGGGAGUGUUAUUGGUAAGAGUGGAAAAGUUAUAAAUUCUAUAAGGCAAGAGACCAGGGCGAAAGUCAAGGUUGUGGAUCCGUUUCCUGGUGCCAAGAAUCGAGUUAUAACUAUCUAUUGUCAUGUUAAGGAUAAGGAAGAAAUUGACGCUGAAGAUGAAUUUGACAAUGAUAAGCCUUUGUGUGCUGCCCAAGAUGCUCUUAUCAAGGUUCAUUCUGCUAUUUCGAAUGCUACGGAAGCUGCUGGUGAUUCUGAGAAGAAACGAAAGAGUAAAGAGGAAUGUCAAAUCCUUGUUCCGUCAAGCCAGUCUGCCAUUCUGAUUGGGAAAGCCGGGGCUACCAUUAAACGAAUGAGAGUUAAGACGAAGACUAAUAUCAAGGUUAUUUCAAAGGAUGCAGCUGACCCUGAGCACUCGUGUGCUAUGGAAUUUGACAAUUUUGUGGUGAUUACAGGUGAACCGGAAGCCAUAAAAAGAGCAUUAUUUGCAGUUUCAACUAUUAUGUACAAAUUCUCCCCUAAGGAGGAAAUUCCUCUUGAUACGUCUUUACCGGAAACCCCUCAUAGUAUUAUCUUUCCUUCUGAAGUUCCUAUUUACCCUCCUGGUGGACUUUAUCCAGCUUCAGAUCCUCUUAUUCAACCUAGAUCUUUUCCUCAAGUUAUUGGUGCUACAACUGUGCAAGAUCUGCAUGGUUAUGCAGAUACAGGAAAUGCAUGGUCUCUGUACUCAUCUUCCCUUCCAGUAGUUUCCAGCCUAGGUGCUUCUCAAUCUGAAGAAUUAAUUAUCAGAAUGCUGUGCCCCUCUGGCAAAAUUGGACAUGUAAUUGGGAAGGGAGGGGGUACUAUUAAACGAAUGAGGCAAACUAGUGGUGCUCGUAUUGAGGUUGAUGAUUCCAAAGCUCGUCAUGAUGAUUGCUUAAUCUCCAUAACUGCAACAGAGUCUUCAACUGAUCUGAAAUCCAUAGCUGUUGAAGCUGUUCUACUGCUGCAAGAAAAGAUAAAUGAUGAGGAUGAUACCCCGGUUUCAAUCCGGCUCCUAGUUCCAUCUAAAGUGAUUGGGUGUAUUAUAGGGAGAAGUGGUUCAAUCAUAAAUGAAAUCCGGAAGAGAACUAAGGCUGAUAUUCAAAUCUCAAGAAGUAAUAAGCCCAAAUAUGCAGAUGACAAUGAUGAACUUGUUGAGGUGGUAGGUGAAGUUGAUUGUGUGAGAGAUGCGCUAAUUCAGAUAGUCUUGAGACUAAGGGAGGAUGUAUUGAGAAAAAGGGACGUUGACCAAAAACCUCCCAUUGGUGCCGAAUCAUUGUACGCAGGCAGUUCUGUUCUUUCAGCACCAUCUAUGCUGCCUUCAGUUCCUGCUGCAGCACUAGCUUAUGAUCAUAGGACUGGAAGUGCAACUGGAACUGGACUGGGCAUGCACUCUUCUAGCAGCCGUUAUGGAUACGAUUCUUACUCGAUGGCAGACAAUGGUUAUGGAUCUAUGUCUUCAUAUGCCUCCAAGAUGUAUGAAGGACAUAGUUUGCCUCCCCUGUCAACGUCGGAGAUGUUGAUUCCUGCUAAUGCUGUUGGCAAAGUGAUGGGUAAAGGUGGGGCAAAUCUAGCCAAUAUCAGAAAGAUUUCAGGAGCAACAGUAGAGAUAUCCGAGUCCAAAUCUUACCGGGGUGAACGGGUUGCUCUUAUUUCUGGCACAUCUGAAGAAAAGCGCGCAGCUGAAAACUUGAUCCAGGCUUUUAUAAUGGCUACAUAAGUUUUCAGAGUUAUUUCCAGGUGUCUUGAAGGUGAAAAUUUAAUUUUCAAUUCAUCUAUCAUUCCUCUUCUUACUCCGUCUAUGUUGGUCUCGAGAGAAUAUCCUCUAGCGUUCUUUGACCAGACUCCUGCUUCUUCCAUAAGUGACUAGCAAGAUUAUGACCGAGCAUCCAUUGCUGGUUUUGUAUUUAGGAGUUGUACUUACUUUCUUUUCCUUUUCUUAAUCUACUCUUCAUCUGUGAUUUCUCUUAGAACUGUAGGAUCUUUCUUUCCAUUCAUGCUGUUUUUCCAUUGAUUAGUGUGGAAUCAUCUUUAUCUCCAUGAAAAUUAUCUGAGAACCAUGAAGCAGUGUUUAUGUUGUUGA